AUGGUCAGGCAUGUUGAGAUACGUGAGAUGGGUGAGAGCCACGGCGUCGGCACGUUUGCUUUGAAGUCGUUUGGCACCGGUGAUGUUGUGAUGGAGGAAAUUCCUCUUGUCUUCUCCCAGUCAAUCGCCUCUCAGAAUGGGCCAGAAGGUGUGCAGUGCUGCAGGGGCUGUGGGAUGAUCCUGACAACACUCGGGGCAGAGUGUGAACGCCUGGCGCGUCUUUUCCAGGCGAUGGUGCGAAGACAGCACUGCAUGGAAAAUGAUUGCGACGCCCUUCCCACCACUUGUUUGACUCAUGUUGUGGGGGAUACAAACCACGUGGAAUUUAAGGAGGCAGAGAUGGCUGAGGUUAUUUCUUCCCCGCAUGCCCUGCAAGAAAUAAUGGGGGAGUUCUCCGCCUCCGAUUUUUUUUGUUGCGGGGCGUCAGAUGAUGAUGUUGGUGGGGGAGGUGACGAUGACAAUACGGAAAAGUUGUCGCCAGGAAGGGAGCCGCUGCGUGGGGCGAGAUUUUGCUCACAGAGGUGCAAGCAGCGCUUCUUGCAUGAGCGGGGCGGGAGGUUCCUGUUAUUUGCAACGACGGUUGUGUCAGGGGCAGCCGGCGCUCCAGCGACAAUCAAGACGUUGCCGCCCCACAACCUGCAGAAGCCAACUGCUAUUACUAUUAUGUGCCUUGCUGCAACGCUGGAUGUGGUGACGGUGGAUGCAGCGUGGUCUAGCAGAUCUCACGUCCUGGAGACACUUGAGUACUUGGCUGAUAGUUUUAAUGAGAGACUUCGUCUUAUUUUGUCGCUCCUCGCUCAAUGCCUAAAUGACGCGUUGCAGGAUGCAUCAGUUUCUGCAAAGCAGCUUCAGAGUAGGUUUGCUGCGAAGGUACAUGAAUUUGUGCUGAGGUUUGCCGAAGGUGCUGCACGCCCACUGACAGAACAACAGCGUGCGUUCCUGCGUUUCUCUUGGAAGUGCGUAUCUCGCUGGCUGGAUUUCUGCUGCCUCGAAACGCCGGGGGUGGUGGGGGUGCCAGAGCCUUUCCAGUGGCUGCCUCUGCAGUUGUAUUUGCGGUGUUUUUGGUUGACAGAUGCCAACGUGCACAUGUUUGUGGUUGUCUCCCCUCUGUACAGCCUCCUCUGCCAGCAGCUUCCGACGCUGCAGGCGAAAUGCCGGCGGAACGGCGACGGCGGAGAACUGUUGUCAACGCAGUUAGGUCGAAAAAUGGGUAUCCUUCGGGAGUUGUUUCGCGUCGUGGAGCCAACCGCCGCACAUGCCACGGGCGUCGCCCUGUACGAUGCCGCGACGAAGAUCAACCACAGCUGCGCGCCCUCCGUGCGGUUUGUUCCAACGCACGGAGGGGUGCGAGCGGUGGUGGUGGCGCUGCGAGACAUUGAGCAGGGGGAAGAGAUACGCUCCUCCUACAUUGACGUGAGUGCACAUGCGUCCAGGGCGGAGCGACAAGAGUACCUCUUGUCCCAUUACGGCUUCUCCUGCGACUGCCCGCGCUGUUGCCGUGCAUGA